AAAGGUCUGUGACCGUGUUUUUCCUGUGCUUGUUUGCCUAAUUUAUUCCUGCCGGGGCCGGCAGAAAGAAAGAAAGGCGGAAAGGGGAAGAAAAAAAAAAAAAAAAAAAAAACAGGACGGGCAGAAUAGUAAAGGGUGCAACAGUACACCCUGACUCGCUGACAGGGAAUGCAGAGAGGUUCUGGCCUCUGGUUGUUACUGCUGGAUGGACAAGCACUGACAAAACAAGAAAAGAGAAGACAGAGAGAGACGGCACUUUGCGAGGCUUCCACAGAGGAGAAGCAACUGAGGAGGUUUCUCAACUCCGCUUUUGUUUCGGCUUGUUGCUUUUUCUGUGACAUCUGAUCCUCUGACACCGCUGACUUUGAAAGACUUGGAGGAGCCGCAAGAAAACAUAAUUUCACCACAGAAGACAGAACAGGAGGAUUUCUGUGAUGGACUGUGUUGCUGCAGGAACCACUGAGAAAUUAUUCUAGGAGUGAAAGAGCGUAUUGUCUUUUUUUUUCUCUCUCCGCUCUCCUUGUUUUAAUAUCAAGCGUGGAAUCUACAUGCUUUGGAUAUUUUUGGUUAUCUACAGAAAGGUGUUACUGAGCUGAACACUUGUGUAUAAAAGCUGAAGGGGUCAACUCUGGUCAGAACUCAGAGGAAAGGAGCAAAUCGAACAUCCCAAACUGCACAGCCUGCUUUUCUUUUGGCUCUCACAUUUCCAAGGCAAAAUAUCACCUUAUUUUUCCCCUUCAUCUCUAUCACCUCUGCUUUUAUAACAGCCUCGACAAGUCAAGAGUGAGUCUGGACUGGAACUGCCUCAGAUCAGCAGAUAACACCUCAGCACGGCAAGAACUGGUUGGACUAGUUUAUAAGUUGGAGGAGAGGGCAGGGCAGUUUAACCCUGCCUGAAGGAGAGCUGUGUUUUAUUUUCCUCCCUCCUGCUUGUCCUUCUGGGAGAAAGUCGUGCGUGAGAGAGGCGCUGAGCGUCUUUUUCACUUCAACAGCGACUCUGUUUUGUCCCUCCUCGCUGUGCUUAGGGAUAGGUGAGGCCGUUUGUUGUAUUUUUUUUUUUUCUUUCUCUCUUUCAGGGGGGAAGAAAUAGAAAGAAAGUGAGAGGGAGGGAGAAAGAGAGAGGGAGUCAAAGUGUAAUUUAUUGUUUCCUGUGAAAAGAGCAAGGCUGCACCCUUUUCUCCUGCCUGAACUCUGAACCACUCAAUGUGCGUCUGAAGUUUUCUCAGACCUCGGCAGCCAUUGAUCAGAGGUCAGGGCAGAAAACAGAAGGGUGAAAAGAAGAACAGAGAGACUAGAGGGAUUAAAGAAGAGAGGGAAAACAGCAGUGGAAAGACCUCCAGGUCAGCCUAACCAGACGGCAAAGGGGAGAAAGGUCAACACAGGGGGGAGCCCCGGACAGGAUUUUCUUCAACUUUUGAGAUAUUUUUGGAUAAAACCUGCCUUGAAUACAAACCUGGAGCCGCUGCCUUUGAAUCCGGAGUCAGUUUUUUAGACUUUGAGGGCAGUUGGAAGCCGGCUGGGACAGGGCGGGUCUGUGUAUGAUCCACUCACAGGACUGCGUGUCUCAGAGAAUAUGGCCAUGGUGAGCGGGGGAUGGGGCAACCCCAACGGGGACACUAACGGACUGGGGGAGAAGGCUUACCUGAGGAGGGAGGAAGAGGACGGCUCGCCCCAGGCCGGGAGCAGCGAUGUGGACGUCGGGGACGAGGACAAGGCCUGCGUGGUGGACUGCGUGGUGUGCGGGGACAAGUCCAGCGGGAAGCACUACGGCGUGUUCACCUGCGAGGGCUGCAAGAGCUUCUUCAAGAGGAGCAUCAGAAGGAACCUGAGCUACUCCUGCAGAUCAAAUCGAGAAUGCCAAAUCGACCAGCAUCACCGCAACCAGUGCCAAUUCUGUCGUCUGAAGAAAUGUUUCCGUGUUGGGAUGCGGAAAGAAGCUGUCCAGCGAGGUCGCAUCCCUCCGUCUCACUCAGGUAUCAGCCCAAACUCCCUGGCAGGAGGCGUUGGAGGUCCGGGCCCAGGCCACAUCGGGGCGGACUACUUCAACGGGCAGCCGGUGUCGGAGCUCAUCUCCCAGCUCCUGCGGGCCGAGCCGUACCCCAGCAGCCGCUACGGGACCCCGUACGGCCAGCCACAGAUGCAGGCGUCCGCCAGCGGAGCCUCAGUCAUGGGCAUCGACAGCAUCUGUGAGCUGGCCGCCAGGCUCCUCUUCAGCACCAUCGAGUGGGCCAGAAACAUCCCAUACUUCCCAGAGCUCCCGGUCUCAGAGCAGGUGGCGCUGCUGAGGCUGAGCUGGAGCGAGCUGUUCAUCCUGAACGCGGCCCAGUCCGCCCUGCCUCUCCACAUGGCUCCUCUGCUGGCAGCGGCCGGCUUCCACUCGUCCCCCAUGUCCGCCGAGCGCGUGGUGUCCUUCAUGGACCAGGUCAGGGUUUUCCAGGACCAGGUGGACAAGCUGAACAGGCUGCAGGUGGACUCGGCCGAGUACAGCUGCCUCAAAGCCAUCGCGCUCUUCUCCCCCGAUGCAUGUGGUCUGACAGACCCGGCCCAUGUGGAGUCCCUGCAGGAGAAGGCCCAGGUUGCCCUGACGGAGUACGAGAGGUUGCAGUACCCCAACCAGCCUCAGCGCUUCGGCCGCCUGCUGCUGCGCCUCCCUGCUCUGCGCGCCGUGCCGGCAAACCUCAUCUCCCAGCUCUUCUUCAUGAGGCUGGUGGGCAAGACGCCCAUCGAGACGCUGAUCCGAGACAUGCAGCUAUCGGGGAGCUCCAUCAGCUGGCCCUACGCUCCGGGACAGUAAACCCUGCUGGGCUCCAGAGUGAGACGGACCGAGGCCAGAUCGGGAGGAAUCAGAGCCCACAAAGGUUUCAUACAAGUACAAAGUGAAUGUUCUCAGUAGUAACUGGGGUUUGUGAGCGUAGAGGUCAGUUUUUCCCACAUUAGCUCCGUACGGUUUGGUUGGAAUCACACCAAAGCUGCUUUCAGGGAAACAAAAUGUAUGAUUGUCUUUAUAUACAUGUUUGCAGCACUUGUUAGUUUUGCUCUUACCUCCAUCAGGUCUCUCUUUGUCUCAUUCUGGACGAACAGGGCUUUCAUUAAACUGCAGACUCUGACAUGAGGCCUUGUGCCUGUACUACCUCCUCCCAUACCACCCCUAAUGUGACUCAGUUUGAACCCAGGCUCUGUGUGUGUUCUCUCUGCUCUGCUGUUUAGUCAGAAGGAAGCCAUAGCGGUUCCACGUUUAGAGCUUUGUGCUGUCACAGCUGGGACACGUUGUGUAGAUCAUACCUGAGCUGUGUGAUGUUUCCGUCUGUCUUGAACCCAGCAGUGGACUCAACCCACAGACUUUGUUACCAAACGUAUUUGUGAAGAGGCAUGGGCACUUGUGUUCUACUCUGUGAUGUAUGUUCAACACAUAUUUUGUAUGUUAUAUACCUAAAGGAAUAGUUUAACAGUUUGGAAAUAUGUUUUUUUGCUUUUUUUUGCAGAGUUAAAUGAGACGAUUAAAACCACGAUCAGGCCUGAAUAGUGACAAAAGCCUCACUCUGAACAUAAGGGCAACAGAGUGGUGUCAAUCUUCUCAUGUAGCUCUCAUAAGAAAUCAAUCAAGUAUAUUUCCCAAAAUGUGGAGCUAUUACCUCACUAUAGUACAUUAUAGAGCAUUGCAGAAGUUGCCACCAUGCAGCAAUUAAGCUAACGUAGUUCUGGUAGAUUAAUCGUAGCAACUGGACUUGCUGGAGUUCCUUGAAGACGUUCCACCUCUCAUCCAAGAGGCUUCAUCAUUAAGAACCCUCAUUUGAAGACACCAACGUACAGAUUCUGGCCGGGGAGGUCAGAUGGUUUGAGAGA